GGUUUUGUUGGUAGCUAGGGCUGAUUGAGAGCGCGCUACGCUUGGGAAUGAAGGAGCCCGUGGCUGUGGCAAGAGCAGCGAUUCCCGAGCGGCAGUCAUCGAAGUCGCCGUCGUCGCAUCCUCCUCCCGCUUCAUUCUCGGGCGCGCACGAUGAAUCCGCUGGCGCUCCCUCGCGGCAUCUCUGGGUGGGGAACGUUGCCGUGGAGACGCCGGAGUCCGUGGUGCGCGACAUGUUUGGGAAAUUUGGAGAGCUGGACAGCGUCACGGUCUAUCCCCAGCGGCAAUACGCGUUUGUGAAUUUUCGGAAGCAAGAGGACGCCGAGCGCGCCAAGGAGGGGCUGCACGGAGCACACAUCGCGGGGCAGCCUUUGCGAAUAGAAUUCGCCAAAGGGGCGAGGCCUAACAGGCAUUUGGCUGUGGCUGGGAUAGCUCUAAGCGUGACCAAGGAGAUGCUAGAGGCGGAGUUCCAAAAGUAUGGAGCCAUCGAGGAGUUCAAGCUGAUGAAAGAUAAGAGCUCUCUCAUGGUGGACUACUUUAAAACUGAUGAUGCCAUUGCUGCCGUGGAAGCGCUCAACGGGAAACGCUUCGGUGACGACGUCCUGCGCGUAGAUUAUCGCUCUCUUGCUUCGAAACGGGGUCCUGCCUCGGGACCGUCAGCUCCCAGCUCCGCUCCGCGAGGUGGCGGCGGCAACAAGGACGAUACUCCCAGCGAGGUUUUGUGGAUCGGCCUCCCAGCCAACGCCAAGUUCGACGAGGAGACGCUCCACAGGUUGUUUCUUCCCUACGGCGAGGUCGACCGGGUAAAACUGUUCGCGUCGCGAAGUUACUGCUUUGUAGAGUUUCGCUCAGUCAAAGAGGCGGCUCUGGCCAAGAACGCUCUUUCAGGGAAACCGAUCAAUGGACACCGGCUCCACAUAGAGUUUUCCACCAGUGAAGUAGGCCCCGUGGAUGGGAAAGACGGUGCCUCGGAGCCGAACGAGGCCAUCGCCAAGAAGUCGAGAGUGUCGCCUGCCGAGCAGAGUGGACCCCGUCUUGGCUCGCCGUUUCUUCCCGUCCAAGGCCCGGACAGCUGGGGAUGGCACGGAGUCAUCGCAAAAGGUGGCACUGUUGUCUGCCAAGCUCGUGGAUUUCUAGCCAGCGGCAAAGUCGAGACACUCCUGAUACCCGAGGUCGUAAACUGCACGUCUCGCACGGACUUGGACAGGCUCGCGGACCACAUCUAUCCCACCGCCGAGUUUCCAGUCGUCUUGUUCAUGCCGGCGCGGGACGUGGACCUGAUGGCUUAUCACGACUUCCUGCGCUACCUCCGAGAGAACCACCGGGCGGGAGUCGUCAAGCUGGGCGACGCCACGAACCUUUUCCUCGUGCCGCCGUCGCCCUUCGCGGAGAAGGUCCUCAAGGUGACGCGGAGCGACUGCAUCAUCGGGAUGGUGUUGAACUUCCGGAGCCAGUACCACCAUCACGUCCAACUCCAGCAGCAGCAGCAGCAGCAGCACCAUCACCACCAACAAAAGCAGGAUCACUUCCAAACUUCCCAGCCGCCGCCACCGGCAAACUUGCCUCCGGAGCUCCUGGCAUGGUCGAUGUUUCCCCCGGCGACUAGCACCGCUCCCAGUGCCAUGGCCGCUCCUCUGAGCGUGACUGGCGCUGCUGCCCCGGCUCCUGUGGCUGCUCCUCCUGGAUUCUCCUGGCCUGGACCGGGAGAUCAGCAGCAGCAGCAGAACGUGGUCGUGUCACAGCAGCAGCCAAAUGCUGUCGUUGCCCCUCAGCUUCCAAUCGAGCAGCUUGCGCAGCUGACUUCGUUGCUCCAGCAAACAUCGUCGCAGCAAGCGCAAGCGCAACCGCAGGCACCGCAACCGGCGUGGGCGCCAAGUGCCGCGAUUGCGCAGUUCCACCAGGGAGACCCCGAGCAGUUCCAGAGGACCCUGGCUCUCGCGGCGCAGAUGCUCGAGGCCCGGAAAAAGCAGUGAAAAGCGUAGGCAGCGGCUGUGUACAGUUAGAAAGCAAUUGGAGUACAGAAGAGAUUCUUGUAAAACGAGCUUUUCCAGUGAAUUCCUUUUUACUUACUUUUUUUCCGUUAAACGUUGAAGCUGAGUUACGUGA